AUGUUCCCACAAUGUAGACAGUCAACUGCAUCCACGUCACUUAAGGACGCCGGGUACUCCAAACAGUCAACAUUGACCUCUUGUCAGCUAUCUGGAUUGUGCCCUGGCCAUAAUUGGGUCUACGACUAUUGUGAGCAUGAACUGCUAAACGGACUAGAGAUGAACCGGUCUCCUAGUACGGUGGAACGCCAGGAGAUCGACCGGGUGCUUCGCCUGAAGCGCAAGCAGCGCGAGUCAAAAGCAUGCUAUCCAUGUCGUCAGCGAAAGGUCAAGUGUGAUGGCAGCCAUCCCUGCCGAACCUGUGUCAAGCGAGAUCACCCCGAGAUCUGUGCCUACAAUGUUGAGAAAGACACGCCCCAGAGAAGGACGCAGUCCCGACAGGCCGAACAGACAGCGAAGUCUCGGAAUGAGGAUGCAAGGCCGACUUGCUCACCAGCUAGCGCGGAUGCUGACUCCCAGCUGCUACCCACUUCCCCACUGAGCAGCCCUCGGAGCUCGGCGCAGGCGAACGAGGCUUCAUCGUAUGUCUUCUCUGGAGACAACUCGCUUGUUUCUAUGCUCCGCCAGCAGGACCCCGACGGGGCUAUGGCUCGCGAGGCAACUUCCGUCCUUAGACCGCAUAACACGUAUUUGAGCUAUCCAUUCAUCGAGUCCAAGACUCCGCAGGAUCGAUGGGUGGCUCUUGUAGAUAUCCUUCCUCACCGAGAUGAGGUUCUAAAGUUCUUCCAUUUCUACCGUAUCUGUGCUUACCCUUUCAACCCCAUUCUCGUCGACAUAGACAAGUUUGAGUCGGACAUAUGCAUUUAUCUCGGUGCGUAUGCGUCGGGUGACUUGAGCGACCGGAGCAAGGUAUCUGAGCAGUGGUCAUCAGGAAAGGCUGUCGGCCAUAUUAGCCUUCUUCUAGCGACACUGGCUGCUGGUGCUCACUUUUCUGACCUGGAGAAUCCGCAGCGCUCAGAGCUGUGCCAGGACUUUGCAUUAGACUUCAUCGGAAUGCAAGAGUCCGCGGCAGCUGAACCAAACCACAACCUCACCUUGCUAGCCGAGCUAGAUAGCACAUAUGCUCGAGCACAGCCGCAUCUCCUGCGACGAGAAAGUUGCCGAAAUUUGCAACAACACCUCGAGCACCUUGCGUUGCGCAUGCACGUCUCGUUCUGCGUUUCCACGCUCUGCCGACCGGCCAUUAAGACUUCUCCGCAGUCCAGUGAAGACUCUCGCUACGCAACACUCAGAACUCGCGCUAGAGAAAGCCUUAUCAUUGCAUCAAAAGCCUUUCUCGACUUUCAGGCUCUCAGCAUAGUUCCAUUACGCACCUGGUCAAUGGUGCAUACGGUCCUCAGCUCCACCUUGCUCCUUUGCACAUGGCAGGAAACGAGAGACGAUCCUGAAUCGCGACACAUUCGGGCGCUGAUCACGCUGCGACAGACUCUGAAGCAACGCAGCUCAGUAGGGAGCCUGGAUCAAGGCCAUAUUCAGAGACCUGCAGGCGACUUUAGUGGCCCUUCAGCUGCUGGCAUGCCUCCGGAGAUGAUGCUUGGUGAUUUCUCAUCAUAUAAUGAUAUGUAUCCCGGACCAGGAUACGGCGAGAUGGAUUUCUCGCCCGUAACCUACCUCGAUUCCAUCAUGAAUGUUUGGCCCGUCGUCUCCGAGCUAUCCGAGCGUCCCAGUAAUCGUGACGACGGUCCACCUCGGGCCCUCGGGGAUACUUCGGUUCUCACCCAGCAGCAACGGCACACCACACUCCAUGCAUCAGUCUCCCGAGGCCUCAGAUUCCGAGCCGAGCAACCACAACACAACAACUCGCACAACCACCAAGCGCCGGGCCGGCGCAAGAGAGUCGUAAUCGGUAUGAGUGGUGCAACGGGCGCCCUGAUGGGCAUAAAGCUCCUUAUCGCGCUACGCCGCCUCAAUAUCGAAACCCACCUGAUCAUCAGCAAAUGGGCCGAAGCAACGAUAAAAUACGAGACAGACUACCAUCCGUCUAAUGUCAAGGCUCUUGCCGACUACACCUACAACAUCAACGACCUGGCGGCGCCGGUGUCGAGCGGGUCCUUUAAGACAGACGGGAUGAUCAUCGUCCCGUGUAGCAUGAAGACCUUGGCAGCUAUCCAUUCUGGCUUCUGCGACGACCUCAUCUCGCGGACAGCAGACGUCAUGCUCAAGGAAAGAGGAGAUUGGUCCUUGUGGCUCGAGAGACGCCACUCAGCGAGAUUCACUUGA